CUCAGGGAGCUGGAGCCAAGCAGGGGCAGCUCCCAAAAUGACUGGCCACCACAGUUGGGGAUAUGGGCAGGCUGACGGACCUUCCGAGUGGCACAAAGCUUACCCCAUUGCCCAGGGGAACCGCCAGUCCCCCAUUGACAUCGUCUCUGCAAGAGCAGUCUAUGACCCCAACCUGAAGCCCCUUGUCAUCUCCUAUGAGUCCUGUACCUCUCUCAGCAUCUCCAACACUGGCCACUCUGUUAUGGUGGAGUUUGAAGACACUGAUGACAGGACAGCAAUCAGUGGAGGGCCCUUUCAGAAUCCAUUCCGGCUAAAGCAGUUCCACUUCCACUGGGGGACCACGCACAGCCAGGGAUCAGAGCAUACCAUUGAUGGAAAACCUUUUCCCUGUGAGCUCCACUUAGUUCAUUGGAAUGCCAGAAAAUAUGCAACAUUUGGAGAGGCAGCAGCAGCUCCAGAUGGCUUGGCAGUAGUUGGUGUUUUCUUGGAGAUUGGGAAAGAACAUGCCAGUAUGAACAGACUCACUGAUGCUUUGUACAUGGUAAAAUUUAAAGGAACAAAAGCUCAGUUUAGAGGCUUCAACCCUAAAUGUCUCCUGCCCUUGAGUCUAGAUUAUUGGACAUACCUUGGUUCUUUGACAACCCCACCCCUUAAUGAGAGUGUGACAUGGAUAGUGCUGAAAGAACCCAUCAGAAUCUCUGUGAAACAGCUGGAGAAAUUCCGCAUGCUGCUCUUCACUGGUGAGGAAGACCAGAGGAUCCAAAUGGCCAAUAAUUUUCGCCCCCCUCAGCCUCUGAAGGGGAGAAUUGUUCGAGCUUCCUUCAAGGCCUGAAAAAAACUGAUAAUGGUCCUGAGAUAUCCAAGAGCUUCCACGUGUGAGAUACUAUAAACAGAAACUCUGGUCUUCAGACCACUCAUGGAACACACAAGACAGGCAUUUCCAUGAACCCUCUGCUCAGAGAGGAACAGUCUUCUGGCUUUGUAUUUUAUUUGAAGUGCUCAUUCUUUGGAGAAAUGAGAUCUUUUUAACCAGCACUAUCUAAUAUAAGUGAUAGCUGAGUGUACUAGGUUGUUAUCCAAGACCUAAAACUCUAUAAAAUUAAAAUGAAAUUAAAAUCCAUCUUGAUAGAAAAUGGGAAAUUAUGUAGCGAUCUACUAGUGCUGAUAGCCACAACUUCUAAUUGUCUCAUUUAAUACAUGAGGAAACAAUAAUCAAGAACUUUGGACAAAUUUGACUUAAAUUUUCCUUACUGAUCUGUUGUUAGCAUUUGCUGAGCUCUGAUUUAAAGAUUGCUUUCAGUGUAGUCUUGCUGCCUGAUGACACAGAGUGUAUGAGUAGCACUAGAAGAAGUUCUUUACUUGCCUCAAGUAGGCCUUGGUAUGAAAAUUAAAUAUAUAUUUUAAAUCUACUGUUCUAAGAUGCUAUCUUAUAAUGAAAAUAACAAUGUAAUGCUGUGAAGAAAAGCAGAGCAGUUUACCGCACAGUAUUAUUUAGGUAUUUAUCCUUUCAGCCCAUGCAGAACACAGGACCACAGUGCCCUGGUAAGGGUCAGUUUGGUUGAAGAGUUCCUCUGUAGUGAUCCAGGUGUGUUUUGUGGUCCUCAGUUGCUCAGAUUCUACCUCAGUUCAAUGCUAUGCUCUGCAAUACGACUUCCUUCAGAAAGCAGGUAUUUCAUUUCCUUUGGGACCUAACGUGGGUAGAUCCUGUCUGCCCUGAGUGUGCAUUGCUGCACAGACCCUGCCUGGCAGGGGGUGCUCCCUGUGCACCAGAGGCUUCAGUGCUCCUGAGUCCUUUUACCUCUGCAAAAGUUGCUUUAGAAAAGCCAUGUGUUGGUUCUGCAGAUCAGUGACAAAAUUCCAACUCUGGUACUCGAUACUGUGAUGUUCUCUGUGAUUACCCACAGUCAAUUCCCAGUUACUUUAGUUCCGGGCUUCCCAUGGUCUGUUCUGUCCGUAUAGUUCAGGCAGAAAUCGCUGAUGUUGAUCACUUUUUAUCAGCUGAGAUGGAGAAAUCAAAGAUUUACAAGGAAAGUGGGGAGAAGGGAGAACAGCAGCUGCUGUGGGCUGCUCCCCUUUCCCCAAGGAAGGAAGACAUGAGAUGUGGAGCACAGUACAAGGAAUGAAAGACUAGAAUUCUGCUCCUCAAAUCUCCAUGGUUUUUCUGGUACACUGAUCUAAAACUCUGUUUCUCAGCUUCCUCUUAUGUAAAAAGAGGGUAACACUGACCUCUACCUCACAGGCUGUUGUGAGGGCUAAUUCAGCAUUGUUUUAGAUGUGAGAUUUUUAUCCAGCAGAUGCUAAAGGCAAUGGAAAAUUCUUACAAAAUGCAAUGGUUUUAGCUAUUAUGAAUGUAACUUUGCUAGUAAUGCAAACUGGUAUUGCAGAAACUCUAUUUAAUGUAUCUUAAGUUCUUUAACAAAUGAAAUAAAUGAGACUUUAAAAUCA